AUGAAGCUACUAGCAGAACGUUUGAUGAGCGAUGGACGAGACCUGUUGAUUGAGCCCCAUGUCCCUGAGGGCAAUUCAUUCUGCAAACCAGACAUCGUCAUGAGCACCGAGAAUUCAAUAACGGUGAUUGACGUGGCCGUAGCGGGAGAGGACAUAAUGGACCGAGUCUACGCUGGUAAAGACCGACGCUACUCAGCGGAGGAAGUCGAGGUGAACCUUCGGAGGAUCCUGACGAAACCAGCCAAUACUCCCGUGUCUCACAUACCAGCAGUCUUCUCAGCACGCGGAACUAUUUCUUCCCGUAGCGAAAGUCUUCUACGAUCCCUUGGAUUAUCUACGUUCGACCUGUCAGACUUAUGCUUGGCAGUGAUUCGAGGAUCUCUGAAGGCUUACGAUGUCUAUGCCCGUGGAGCUGGCGGUGUUGCGGAUAACCGACGCGAAGGAACCCGGGAACCAUAUGAAGCUGGUGUCGGUGACGAAAACUAGUGGAUAAACUGGCCCUGGAGAACACCAGAAUGACGUCCAAACAAUACUUAUCCUGCCCCAGGGAUGCCUAACAGACUGCUCUUCCAAAACCUUGUAGCAACAUGCUGGCUCUUUCUGGGGCAAGAUCUGCCCAUCGUGUAAUUUCAUUUUCAGCAUAAUAAAUAAUUACUAGCCAAAUGCCUCGUCAUCUAAUUAGUGACGCGCAUGAAUGGAUUAACGAGAUUCUUACUGUCCCUAUCUACUAUCUAGCGAAGCCACGCCACGGCCGCUAGCAAGAGCGCCACCUCUUAUAACCACUCUUCUAUCCUCCUCCUAUUCUCGCACCUCCACCUAUAUCCUUGACGCUGAGGUUCGAUGCCAACGCGAUGUCCGCCAAGGCAACCCUCUCUCCCCUCUCCUCUUCAACUGCGCUCUCUCUGAAGCCCUCUCCUACUCCGACCGGCAGUUGGGCUUUGAUCUGGCUGGGGCGACGGUGGAUUCGAUUGCCUAUGCAGACGACCUCGUCCUAUUCGCUGAAUCACCUCACAGUUUGCAGCAGAGGCUGGAUGGUCUGGCCAAUGGCCUCUCCCUUGCUGGUAUGGUCCUCAACUCGGCCAAGUGCGUGUCGUUCUACGUUCAAGCGCUUGGAAAGGAGAAGAGUGCAUGCCUCUGCCCGUGCGAAGUAUCAAUCAGGAGGAGUGUCUUGCGCUCGUUAGGGCCAAGCAACACUUUCAAGUAUUUGAGGGUGCCCUUCUCAUACCGCGGGAGGGUGACGGUAGGUCAUCGUUCGGUCUUGUCUGACAUGCUGGAUGAAAUAACGAGAGCACCGCUGAAGCCGCAGCAGCGUAUUGCACUUCUGAAGCGCCACUGCGUGCCAAAACUCCUACACGAACUAGUUCUUGGGACGGCCCACCGGAACACCUUGAAGAGACUCGAUACCCAAGUAAGACAGAGCGUCCGCCGGUGGCUGAAGCUUCCUGCAGACACGCCGGUUUCCUUCCUCCAUGUGCCUGUUGCUGAUGGGGGUCUUGGUGUUCCCUGCUUGACAGUUCUUGUCCUCUUCGCUAAACGCCGUCGCCUGGACUCCGUUCUCAGUUCAACUGAGCCUGUUGUGCGAGCAGCUGCCACAGUGCCAUCUGCACUUCCCGGCCUGAGGUUAUCAGCUCAACCAGUGCGAAUGGGCCAUUCGGUCCUGGCCAGCAAGGAAGACGCGCGGAACUAUUGGAGAACUGUAUUGUACAACUCUGCAGAUGGCCGUCCGCUUGCCCAAUUUGCUAAGUCAGCCUGCGCCAGUCACGGGCUCUCCUCUCCUGUUCGCGUAUUCCCGUGGCUUUAUCUUCGAGGCUGA